AUGAACGCGAUUCUCCGCAUGGUCCAAGAGACCCAAGAUUCCCUUUCCGAUGAGGCUCUUCUUCCCCUGAAGUCCUACAAGUAUUCGGCCGUCGACAAGUCCCCUAUUUCGAACUAUAUUCUGAGGCACUAUUGGAAUGCCUUUGUCGAGUUUCUGCCCAUGUGGAUGGCGCCGAACAUGGUCACCCUUCUCGGGUUCAUGUGGAUCGUAGGCAAUGUCUUCUUGAUCGAGAUCUUUAUGCCAGAUCUUGCGGGACCGGGCCCAUGGUGGUUGUACUUUAGCUUCGCAUUGGGCAUGUGGAUGUACUCAACUUUGGAUAAUGUCGAUGGGAAACAGGCACGCCGAACCGGAACUUCUAGCGGGCUGGGAGAAUUGUUUGACCACGGAAUUGACUCUUUGAACUGCACCCUCGCUAGUCUAUUGGAGACUGCGGCCAUGGGCUUCGGUGCGUCGACUCUUGGUGCUUACACUGCGCUUGUACCGUGUCUUGCCAUGUAUUUUUCCACCUGGGAGACUUUCCACACCCACACCUUGUACCUGGGCUACUUCAACGGUCCCACUGAGGGCCUUCUCAUCGCCAUUGCCAUUAUGAUCGCCUCUGGAAUCUGGGGGCCCGGUAUCUGGUCGCGCCCUAUCACCGAUCUGAUCAACAUCCCCGCGCUGUUCGGCAAUAACUCGGUCAAGGACAUUUGGGUGCCUGUUCUGGUGGUCGGAUUCUUCCUCGGCCACCUGCCGGGCUGUGUUCUGAACGUGUAUGCUGCUCGCAAGAAGCAGGGUCUGCCUUUCACUCCUCUGCUGAAGGAAUGGAUCCCUAUGAUCGUGUUCACCGCAUGCAACAUGGCCUGGCUCUUCUCGCCUUACUCGACCCUUUUGUCCGAUAAUCACCUCGUCCUGUUCUGCACCACCAUCUCCUUCGUCUUCGGACGUAUGACCACCAUGAUCAUUCUAGCCCACCUGUUGAAGCAACCUUUCCCCUACUGGACCGUUCUGCAAGCUCCCCUCGUGCUUGGUGCCGUCCUGGUGAACUUGCCUUACAUUGGUCUCCCUGCGCUGGGGGCUUCUUUGGAGCUCUGGUACCUGCGCUUGUAUUUUCUCUUCGCAUUCGUGGUGUACUCCCACUGGGCUGUCCUGGUCAUCAACCGCAUUACCACCUUCCUCGGCAUCAAUUGCCUUACCAUUCGCAAGGACAAGGGCGUUGCGCGUGACAGAGCCUACCGCGAAUUCGGUGGCGAGUCUUCUGUUCCUCUUGUCCCCGAGAGUGAUGAUAACCGUCCCAAGGACCACUAA